CCCGCCCGCCCGCCAUUAAUGCCCCCAGCUUCCUCCACCUCCUACUGGGGCAAGUGGUGAAACGGUGCGGAAAAGGUCAGCCUCCCUUCCCGUGAUCGGCCGACCAAGAGGACGGAUAAAGGCGGAGGAGGAGGAGCUAGCUACUACUCCGUCCCUAGUAUAUAUCGAGCUUCCUCGGACGGGGCGGAAGGGGCGUCAGUUUCAGUCGAGCUCGUCCCGUACCUCCAGCUCGAUCGCCUUCAACUCAGGGGGCUCCAUCUUCACCUAUAUCGAUCGCCGGCCGCGCGCCAUGGGGAACUGCUUCGGGAGCAGGAUCAGCUCCGACACCAGCUCCGCCUCCCCUUCUACUUCAGGGUGGAGAUGGAGGAAGAAGGGCGCCGGUGGCCUGAGCACCUCGAGCAGCCGGGUCUCGUCCUCGCCGUCGACCACGACGGUGCCCCCCACACCCAAGCGGAGCGAGGGCGAGAUCCUGCAGUCGGCCAACGUCAAGAGCUUCGCCUUCACGGAGCUGCGCACGGCCACCCGGAACUUCCGCCCCGACAGCGUGCUCGGCGAGGGCGGCUUCGGCUCCGUCUUCAAGGGCUGGGUCGACGAGACCACCUUCGCGCCCGCCAGGCCCGGCACCGGCAUGGUCAUCGCCGUCAAGAAGCUCAACCAGGAGGGCUUCCAGGGACACCGCGAGUGGCUGGCUGAAGUGAACUAUCUAGGGCAAUUGUCGCACCCGAACCUCGUGAGGCUCGUCGGGUACUGCCUCGAGGACGAGCAGCGGCUCCUCGUCUACGAGUUCAUGCCACGAGGGAGCCUGGAGAACCAUCUUUUCAGAAGGGGCUCGUAUUUCCAGCCAUUGUCAUGGAACCUGAGGAUGAAGGUCGCGCUCGGGGCGGCCAAGGGCCUCGCCUUCCUCCACAGCGACAAGGCCAAGGUCAUCUACCGCGAUUUCAAGACGUCCAAUGUCCUUCUCGAUUCGAACUACAACGCCAAGCUGUCUGAUUUCGGGUUGGCAAAGGAUGGGCCGACCGGUGACAAGAGCCAUGUCUCCACGAGGGUCAUGGGCACACAUGGCUAUGCUGCCCCUGAAUACCUCGCUACAGGGCAUCUGACGGCGAAGAGCGACGUGUACAGCUUCGGCGUGGUGCUGCUGGAGAUGCUGUCGGGGCGGCGCGCGCUGGACAAGAACCGGCCCUCGGGCGAGCACAACCUGGUGGAAUGGGCACGGCCGUACCUGACGAGCAAGCGCCGGAUCUUCCGCAUCCUCGACGCGCGCCUCGGCGGGCAGUACUCGCUCGCCGGCGCGCAGAAGGCGGCGGCGCUCGCGCUGCGGUGCCUGUCCGGGGACUGCAGGGUCCGGCCCGGGAUGGAUCAGGUCGUGGCCGCGCUCGAGCAGCUGCAGGACGCCAAGGACGCCGCGGGGUCGGGGGCGGAGCAGGGGAAGGUCGGUGGCGCUAGCGGGUUCGUCAGGAUGCGCGGCGUCGUGGGCGGGAGCGGGCGGCAGCAGCGGCCGGAGCCGGCCGCGAGGCGGCAUUAUCCGAGGGCAUCGCCGCUGCCUGAGUGAGCGGCGCGGCGGUGCCAUCAUCUUGAUCGAUGGAUUGUUGUAAAAAUGGCAGGAUUAUCCUCAUGUUAAUCUAGUUUCUGAAUGUUAAUCUAGUGCUUCUUGCUUC